CAACCGCACACGGGAAUGCUGCUCUGCAAGCUGAAGCUCGCCGCUCUGGCAUGCGCCGCCCUCGCCGCCGGCACACUCGCCCGCACCGGCACCGGCACCCAGCGCCUCGCCGUGCGCGACCAGACCGACGGCCUGCAAGACAUCGUCACCUGGGACGAGUACUCGCUCAAGAUCAACGGCACCCGCGUCUUCAUCUGGUCCGGCGAGGUCCACCCGUACCGCCAGCCGGUCCAGUCGCUCCACCUCGACGUCUUCCAAAAGGUCAAGUCCCUCGGCUUCAACGCCGUCUCCUUCUACGUCUUCUGGGGCAUCCACGAGCCCAAGCGCGGCACCCUCUCCUUCGAGGGCUUCCGCGACCUCCAGCCGUUCAUCGACGCCGCCCGCCAGGCCGGCAUCUACCUCAUCGCCCGCCCCGGACCUUACAUCAACGCCGAGACGACCGCCGGCGGCUUCCCCGGCUGGGGCACGUACACCCCCGGCCUCUGGCGCACCUCCAACGCGACCUACUUUGACGCCUGGCAGGGCUACAUGUCCGCCGUGCUCGACGUCGUCGCCAAGAACCAGAUCACCGCCGGCGGGCCCAUCAUCCUCGUCCAGAGCGAGAACGAAUACACCGGCUUCGCGUCGGGACACUCGGAGGACUUGACGUACGAGCAGGAGCUGCUCACCGCCAUCGUAACGCACCCCCAGCUCGUUCCCCGCACCUCCUGCGUCGCUCACCUAAGCUUCUCCUCUUCCCAACAGCGCAACGCCGGCGUGCUCAUCCCCACCACCUUCAACGACGCCUCCCAAUCCGGGCACUACCGCUCCGUCGACAUCUACGGCUACGACUCGUACCCGAACGGCUUCGACUGCUCGCACCCGACCGUCUGGUCCCCCUCCGCCGUCCCCGAGUCCUUCUGGUCCACCCACCUCGCCCUCUCGCCCAACAAGCCGAACGCGGUGUACGAGUUCCAGGGCGGCGCGUUCGACGGCUGGGGCGGUUCGGGAUACGACACCUGCGCCGUCCUCACCGGCCCCGAAUUCGAACGAGUGUUUUACAAGAACGAGCUCGCGAUGGCGACGACGAUGCUGAACCUGUACAUGAUCUACGGCGGCACCAACUGGGGCGGCAUCGCCCAUCCGGGCGUCUACACCAGCUACGACUACGGCUCGGCCAUCGCGGAGGACCGCACCCUGCGCGAAAAGUACUACGAACUCAAGCUCCAGGCGCACUUCGUCCGCGUCAGCCCGGCGCUGCUCACCACCCGCCCGCAAAACGUCGGCGCCGCCGCCCAGGGCGCGUUCACCGGCAACAGCGCGCUCAAGACGAUCCAGACGCUCGACGUCGUCGGGAACAAGACCGGGUUCUACGUCGUCAGGCAAGCGGACGCGUCGGCGUUCACCACCCAGAACUAUACCAUCGCGCUGCCGACGAGCGCGGGCAACCUGACCGUGCCCCUGCUCGGCGGGUCGCUCCAGCUCCGGGGGAAGGACUCGAAGAUCCACGUCGUCGACUACGAAGCGGGCGGCACGACGCUGCUCUACUCGACCGCAGAGAUCUUCACCUGGGCGACGAUCGACGAGCGCGACGUGAUCGUCGUGUACGGUAACGCGGGCGAGCUGCACGAGACCGCGAUCAUGUUUAACGGUACCGCGGCGCCCAAGGCGACCGUCGUCUCCGGCGGUCGGGCCGUCAAGCAGAAGGUCGCGAACGGCGCGCUCGUGCUGCAGUUCACGACCGCCGGCCAGACCGUCGUCCAAAUCGGCUCCGGCGCGCUGCUCUACAUCCUCGACCGCCCGACGGCGUACGAGUUCUGGGUCCUGCACCCCGCCGACCCGGCCCUCGGCGCCUUCGCCAACUUCACCACGUCCACCGCCCCGGUCAUCGUCAAGGGCGGCUACCUCCUCCGCUCCGCCUCCCUUUCCCAUGGCACCGUCCACCUCGUCGGCGAUUUGAACGGCACGGCGUCGUUCGAGGUCGUCGCGCCCGCCGCGUUCGGGCGGGUCACGUUCAACGGCGCGCCGUUGAGCGCGACGAGGAGCAAGUACGGCACGCUGAUCACGGCGAAGAGGGAGGCGCGGUUGCCGGCGGUCACCGUGCCAAACUUGUCCUCGUUGACCUGGAAAACCGCGGACAGCCUUCCCGAAAUCACCGCCGACUACUCGGACGCGCUCUGGCCCGUCGCGAACCACACGACGACGGUGAACCCGACGCAGCCCCAGACGCCCGGCGUCGUCCUCUACGCCGGCGACUACGGCUUCCACACCGGCAACGUCCUCUGGCGCGCCCAUUUCACCUCGUCCGGGUCCGAGACGGGCGUCGCGCUCUCCGUCCAGGGCGGCGCCGCGUUCGGGUUCUCGGUCUGGCUCGACGACGACGGCCGCUUCCUCGGGUCCUGGGUCGGCGAUAACCUGCACGGCGCGGCGACGGCCGCGUUCGCGUUCGACGGGACGCUCGGGGCCGGGGAGAAGCACGUGGUGACGGUGGUGCAGGACCAUAUGGGGUACGAGGAGGACUUUACGGCCGCGUCGGAUUCGUUCAAGGCCCCGCGCGGGAUCUUGUCGUUCGGCUUUACGGGCGGGAACGCGACCGUGGACACGUGGAAGGUGACCGGGAACUUGGGAGGGGAGGACUUUGUCGACGAGACUCGUGGUCCUCUCAACGAAGGCGGGUUGUUCGGUGAACGACAAGGAUGGCAUCUCCCUGGCUUCGACGACAGUAAGUGGGCGGAGGGCAAGCCGACCGACGGGAUCUCGCAGCCCGGGAUCAGCUUCUACCGCACGACGUUCGACCUCGACGUUCCCAGCGGCGUCGACUACCCCAUCGGCAUCGUGGUCACGAAUUCCACCACGAACCCGCAUUUCCGCUCGCAGGCACGUCAAACCGACACCGAUUUCUACGUGAAUGGCUAUCAGUUUGGCAAGUUCGUGAACCACGUAGGGCCGCAAAAGGUGUUCCCAGUCCCGGAGGGCAUCCUGAACUACCACGGGAAGAACACGCUCGCCGUCUCCCUCUGGGCACACGACGUAGGAGGAGCCAAGCUCGACAGCAUCGCGCUCGAGGUCCUCGCGAAGGUGGACAGCACGAGGGGGCCCGUGACGAACCAGCCGGCGCCUGCCUGGACGGCCCGCCCUGGCGCGUACUGAGCCCGUUCCGAAAAACCGCCCUUGUAGCGCCAAAGAAGCGGAACGAAUGUACGUUAAUUACAGGGUGUGCUCGGUCGGUGAAUGGACACGUUCGGAUAAAGACGGCAUGCGGCUGCGACUUCCUCAUGGUCAUGUGCUGGGGUACUGCUAUGCUCACAGCGCUCCUUCUCAGAAGUACCUGUCACCGAGCUCUGGGCCGAUCGCCCCGGGCCAACCACGAAGCUCGUCAAAUGAUGUUCGCGAGCCAUGUUCCUCCGUCGUGCAUUUUGCCGAGAAAUGCCCGCGAUCAGAGACGGUGUCCGCUCUCGGACUCGGUACUUGUCCUCGAGCACCGACGAAUCUAUAAGAUCAGAAAAGUCCGAUGUUGUUCAAACGGGACGCUUCAUCAUGUUGCUCGUCCGGCUGCUGGCGAGCGUGAGCGUCGCGUUGACAUGGUUCUCUUUGCUGAUUGCAGCUACGCGUCCUCGGAGCGGGCGCCGUCUCGUUCUCGAUACUCGGCAGGUUCAAACCGAUGGGUACCAGGACGUCGUCACUUGGGACGAGUACUCCUUGAUGAUCAACGGAACGCGCCUGUUCAUAUGGGGCGGAGAGGUUCACCCUUACCGCAUGCCGGUUCAGUCUUUGCACCUCGACGUCUUCCAGAAGAUCAAAGCCAUGGGACUCAACGCGGUUUCGUUCUACGUCUUCUGGGGGAUCCACGAGCCGAAGCGUGGAGAGAUCUCGUGGGAAGGCUUCCGCGACCUUCAGCCUUUUAUCGAUGCUGCGAUGGAAGCAGGGCUGUAUCUUAUUGCGAGGCCAGGUCCGUAUAUCAAUGCGGAGACCACCGCAGGAGGCUUUCCGGGAUGGGGAACCUACACUCCCGGCCUCUGGCGUACGGAGAACGCGACGUACUACGACGCUUGGCAAGAAUACAUGGCUCAGGUCGGCGGCAUCAUAGCCAAGAACCAAAUCAGCAACGGCGGUCCUAUCAUACUCACUCAGUUAGAGAACGAGUACAGUCUCGCGCAGGCGCCUUUGACCGAAGAUUUCACCUAUGAACGGCAGCUCAUUGAUGCCAUUCGGGCCGCGGGAGUGACAGUGCCCACAACGCAUAACGACGCCUGGCCCCAUGGGAGUAACGAUAUGGUUGACAUCUAUGGCUAUGACUCCUACCCGAAUGGCUUUGAUUGUGCGCAUCCGUAUACCUGGGCUUCGGAUGCAGUGGCCAAUACCGAGUAUUUCUGGGGCGCGCAUCUGGAGUAUAAUCCCGAAGAUCCCAAUGCGGUAUACGAGUUUCAAGGAGGAGCCUUCGAUCCUUGGGGCGGUUCUGGGUAUGAAAACUGCGCUGUCCUGCUAGGACCUGAAUUCGAACGAGUGUUCUACAAGCAUGAGCUGGCGAUGUCGACGACAUUGCUGAACCUGUACAUGGCAUAUGGUGGAACUAACUGGGGCGGGAUCGCGCAUCCCGGGGUGUACACUAGUUAUGAUUAUGGCUCAGCUAUCGCAGAAGAUCGUACCCUCCGCGAGAAGUACUAUGAACUCAAACUUCAGGCCAGCUUCAUCAGCGUUUCGCCGGCAUUUCUGACCGGCCGACCUCAAAACGUCAACGCAGCGCAGGCAGCAUUCACAGGAAACCCCGCUCUAACCACACAUCAAGUUCUCGACGUGGUGGGAAACCAAACAGGAUUUUACAUUGUAGCGCAAAAUGACACAUCUUCUACGACUUCGGUUUCCUAUCGCCUGACGGUGCCAAGCUCCAAAGGUAGCCUGAGCAUACCUCAAUUAGGAGGCUCCCUCACGCUUAACGGGAGAGACUCCAAGAUACACGUCGUCGACUACAGUGCGGGUUCGACCACACUACUGUACUCCACUGCCGAGAUCAUGACAUGGGCCACGAUUGGCAACAGGGAUGUUGUCGUUCUGUACGGCAAUUCCGGCGAGCUCCACGAGACUGCAAUCAAAGCCAGUAGCGCAGCAAACGCAAAGGUCGUCUCUGGCACUGGCAAUGUCAAACAAGCCAAUCGGAACGGAACGUUGGUGAUCCAGUACACAACCAGCGGACAAACCGUGGUCGAGAUUGGUUCCAGUGUGCUGUUAUACAUCUUAGAUCGUACUGAAGCUUACGAGUUUUGGAUCCUUCACACUCCGGGAACCGGUGCAUAUGCUGCGUUUAACGCUGAGAAUCCCGUUAUAGUCAAAGGCGGCUACUUGCUUCGCUCGGUUUCAGCAUCGGAUGGGACGCUCGCUCUGAAGGGUGACCUGAAUGGCACGACGUCUUUUGAGAUAAUUGCACCCUCUGCUAUCACGAAGCGAAUUACGUUCAACGGAGACAGUCUAUCGCUAACAAAAACAAAGUACGGGACAUUGGUAGCAAAGAAGAAUGCUCGCCUCCCUGCGGUCACGCUUCCGCAUCUUGCGACCGCCGCUACUUGGAAAACCGCCAACAGCCUCCCGGAGAUCUCCAGCGCGUAUUCGGAUGCACCGUGGACAACCGCAGAUCAUAACUCGACAGUGAAUCCCACGCAAUCUCUCACCCCUGUGGUUCUCUAUGCUGGCGACUACGGCUAUCAUACGGGCAAUAUCUUGUGGCGCGCUCAUUUCAAUGCGUCCGGAGCGGAACGCGGUAUCACACUGAAUGUUCAGGGUGGCUCGGCGUUCGGUUAUUCCGUGUGGUUGGACUCUUCCUUCCUCGGUUCUUGGGAGGGAAACGCCGUCAACAGCAGCUGGGAACAGACGUUCCCCUUCAAAUCGACGACGAUCAGAUCCCGCUCCACCCACGUCAUCACGAUCCUUCAGGACCACAUGGGAUACGAAGAAGACUGGACGUCAGCUUCGGACGAUUUCAAAACGCCUCGGGGUAUUCUCAGCUACUCCUUCGUCGGAAGCAAUAGCACCGUCGUUGGGACAUGGAAGGUAACUGGUAAUCUGGGGGGAGAAAGCUAUGCAGAUUCGGCCCGGGGACCCCUGAACGAAGGCGGAUUAUUUGCAGAACGACAAGGUUGGCACCUUCCCGGGUUCGACGACAGCAAAUGGGCUGCGGGCAAACCCACGUCCGGCAUCUCGCAAGCAGGUGUUGCUUUCUAUCGAACGACUUUCAGUCUCGACGUCCCCACCGGCGUGGACUACCCGAUAGGUAUCUCCAUCACCAAUUCCACGAGAACGUCCCACUUCAGAGCUCAACUUUAUGUGAACGGUUACCAGUUCGGCAAGUACGUCAACCACAUAGGCCCCCAGUCCGUCUUUCCAGUUCCGGAGGGUAUCUUGAACUACCAUGGAGAAAACACCCUUGCCGUGUCCCUAUGGGCUCAAGACGCGAGCGGAGCCAAACUAGAAAGCAUAGAUCUCCAGGUACUCGCCAAACUGGACAGCUCGAUGCCCGCUGUGACCAACCAGCCGAUGCCUAAAUGGUCCAAACGCCCGGGAGCGUACUAAGCUUCUCGGAGCUGCGACGACGCGAGAUGGGAUGGGUAUCUCAAUCGCUAUGCACGUGUGGAUGGCUUACGGUGGGGCAGUCAAGAUGCAAUCUUCCAAGGUUUGCUCUAUCGCCCUGUUUCUACCCGAUCCUCGUGCUACGUAACUACAUGAAACAAAC